UAAUAAUAAUAAUAAAAAGCUCAAAUAAAGUUGAAAAGAAACCGCAUGUUUUAAGAGGAUUCGCAGCGGUGCUGUUAGGAAGACAUUAUGACUGACUACUGUUAGUAUUAAUAUUUAUAAGGAAACGGAGAUUCAUGACAAACGGCCCACAUUUUGCGCUGGGGCCUUGUUGUGUAAUCUGAAUGGUGACUAAUCAAAUUCAUCAUACCUCUUACCCCGAAGCUCAUUUCCCUGAGAAUGAUAAAAACGUAAUAAUUUCAACAUCACUGCACAAUCGCACUGGCAAGAGUCCCUUAUAGCACACACACAACACCGAGGCCGCAUGUUGUCAGGGCGGGAGUGCACGGAUCACGGAUGCAGAUGAACCCCUGCAGGAAUAUGAUCGCACAGUGAUUUCUUUGAGGAGUCCUCCAGCAGGCUGCGCAUGUCAGAAAAAAAAAAGAAAAAAAAAAAGUGCCCCGCUGGCGCCUCCUGACGACAGUAAUGAGCUACUGCUCCGUACACAGGGCUGCAGAAAGAGAGGGGCAUUCUCACAUUUCCCGAUUUCUCCCAGCCGAGUCCGCUGUGCCGCUUUCACAUUACGGCCGACGGAGAAGCCGACUCGACGACAUGCGAGCAGCGUGCUUCAGCCCCGCGUUCGUCCCGAGCAGCCUGCGCACUGCACAAAGGCCACGCACCCUGAAACGAGGUCAGGAGAUUUGAUCGUGAGGGAAUGGGACUCUUGAGAUGACCUGUGUGGCCUUGCUUUCCUCAAGAGAUUAUUCUCCAAUCGCGGGAGCGGAGCGAAGUCGAGCCCGGGCAUGGUUGACUGGCUCGCAUGAUGGACAGGUGAUGGAGUCUUCCAUCAUCUUUCUCCGCCAGUGACUCGGCCCGCCAGCCCUCUCCCCCGAGGCGCAAGUCUGCACCAGCGGUCCAAGGCCCCCCAUUUCUUUGCCAUGGUGACAUAAGCUGUGCUGCAAUAUGAGGGAGAGCCAACGUGAGACCGUCUCAUUUCUUUCCCCGGUAGCUGCUGCGGCUGCUAGCUUGAUGCCAUUUGUUUUUAGCGACGCAACGAGACUGACUUCUUUGUGAAUAAUCCUUGCUCACCGGUCACCAAGAGAGACUGUCCCCGAGGCGACGUUGCUGGGCCGAAGGGGCGGUGCGGUGCGGUGCGAGACGAUGCUGGGAUGCGUGACACGCGUCCGUCGGCUGGUCCGUCUCCUCCCCCUGCAGACCUCCCUGCUCCUCCUCUUCCUCUUCUGCACAGUCAGCGUCUUCAUCUCGGCCUACUUCCUCUAUGGCGUCAAGCGGGAGCUGGAGCCGUCGGGAGGGGGCGUGUCCGGAGCGGAAGGAGCGUCCGCGGACUCUGACGACCCGAGGGUCACGCCGUCCCGACUGCUCCCCCUGCGGAGCGUCUCAGGGGGCCCCGGGAUGGAUCCGGGAGGGGCCAGGACGGACCCUGUGGUUCUGGUGUUUGUGGAGAGCCAGUAUUCUCAACUGGGACAGGAGAUCGUGGCCAUCUUGGAGUCUGGCCGCUUCAAGUACCGGACUGAGAUCUCCCCCGGUAAAGGGGACAUGCCCACACUGACGGACAAAGAGAGAGGGCGUUUCACACUGGUGAUUUACGAGAACAUCCUCAAGUACGUUAACCUGGACGCCUGGAACCGAGAGCUGCUGGAUAAGUACUGUGUGGAAUAUGGAGUCGGCAUCAUUGGCUUCUUCAAGGCCAACGAAAACAGCCUCCUCAGCGCGCAGCUGAAAGGCUUCCCCCUCUUCCUUCACUCUAACCUGGGUCUGAAGGACUGCACAGUCAACCCCAAGUCCCCGCUUCUCUUCAUCACUCGCUCCGGGCAGCCCCUGCCAGGCCCUCUCCCCGGGGACGACUGGACCGUUUUCCAGUCCAACCACUCCACGUACGAACCCGUGCUGCUGGCCAAGACCCAGUCGGCCGAGAGCGUCGCGUCGAUGGGGCAGAAUGCUGCUCUGCUCCCCUCCGUGGUUCAGGACCUGGGGCUCCAUGACGGCAUCCAGAGGGUCCUGUUCGGCAACAACUUGGUCUUCUGGCUGCACAAGCUGGUGUUCGUGGACGCCGUGGCCUUUCUGACGGGGAAGCGGCUCUCGCUGUCCCUGGAGCGCUACGUCCUUGUGGAUAUAGACGACAUCUUCGUGGGCAAAGAGGGCACCCGCAUGAAGGUGCCUGAUGUGAAGGCCCUGCUGGAGACACAGAGGGAGCUGCGCACCCAUGUGCCCAACUUCACCUUCAAUCUGGGAUUCUCAGGGAAAUUCUUUCACGCUGGGUCUGAUGAGGAGGACCUGGGAGACGACCUGCUGCUUUCCUAUGUGAAGGAUUUCUGGUGGUUUCCUCACAUGUGGAGCCACAUGCAGCCGCAUCUAUUCCACAACCAGUCGGUGCUGGCUGAGCAGAUGUUGCUCAACAAGAAAUUUGCCAUGGAGCAUGGGAUCCCCACUAACAUGGGCUAUGCGGUGGCUCCCCACCACUCGGGCGUGUACCCUGUCCACAUGCAACUGUACGAUGCCUGGAAGAAGGUGUGGGGCAUCAAGGUGACCAGCACGGAGGAGUACCCGCAUCUGAAGCCAGCUCGCUUCCGACGAGGUUUCAUCCACAGCGGCAUAAGCGUGUUGCCCAGGCAGACGUGUGGUCUUUUCACGCACACCAUCUUCUACAAAGACUACCCGGGCAGUCCGAAUGAACUGGACAAGCUCAUCAAUGGAGGAGAACUGUUUCUCACUGUUCUGCUGAACCCCAUCAGCAUCUUCAUGACCCAUCUGUCCAACUAUGGGAACGACCGCCUCGGCCUGUACACCUUUAAAAGCCUCAUGACGUUCGUCAAGACGUGGACCAACCUGAAGAUGCAGACCCUGCCGCCCAUUCAGCUGGCUCAGAAGUACUUCAGCCUGUUCCCCUCGGAGAGAGAUCCCCUCUGGCAGGAUCCUUGCGAGGACAAAAGGCACAAGGACAUCUGGUCCAAAGAGAAAACAUGUGACCGCUUCCCCAAACUGCUCGUCAUCGGGCCUCAGAAGACAGGAACGACUGCCCUUUACCUGUUUCUCGGCAUGCACCCUGACCUGACCAGUAACUACCCCAGCAAGGAGACCUUUGAAGAGAUCCAGUUCUUCAAUGGGCACAACUAUCACAGAGGCAUUGAUUGGUAUAUGGAAUACUUCCCUCUGCCCUCCAACACCAGUUCAGACUACUACUUUGAGAAGAGUGCCAACUACUUUGACUCUGAGGUGGCUGCUCAGAGGGCUGCAGCCCUCCUCCCCAAAGCUAAGAUCAUCACCAUCCUCAUCAACCCAGCGGACAGAGCUUACUCCUGGUACCAGCACCAAAGAGCCCACGAUGACCCAGUGGCGUUGAAAUACUCCUUCCACGACGUCAUCACCGCGGGUCAUGAUGCUCCAGUCAAACUACGGGUCCUGCAGAAUCGCUGCCUGGUGCCGGGCUGGUACGCCAUCCACCUGGAGCGCUGGCUCAACUUCUACCACUCCAGCCAGCUGUUAGUUUUGGACGGACAGAUGCUGAAGACGGAGCCUGCCUCAAUCAUGGACAAAAUCCAGAAGUUUCUUGCCCUCACCAACAUUAUCAACUACCACAAGAUCUUAGCGUUUGACCCUAAGAAAGGCUUCUGGUGUCAGCUGCUGGAAGGAGGGAAGACAAAGUGUUUGGGGAAGAGUAAAGGACGCAGAUACCCUGAUAUGGACCCUGAGUCUCAAGAGUUCCUCAGGGAGUACUACAGGGAUCACAACAUUGAGCUGUCCAAGCUGCUCUACAGGAUGGGUCAGCCGCUGCCCAGCUGGCUCCGAGAAGAGCUGGUCCACACCAGGGCAACAGUGGACAAACCAGGAACAUUGAAGCCCUAAUGUCCUGAAGAAGAAACGGGGAAGAGUAAGAGAUGCACAUGUGAGGGACUUUCGGUGCUUGAUAAUCACGCCUCCGUUCCCCUUCUCAUCUUCGACUUCUUCCUGGAAAUCAAAGAGGGGAGUAAAGAGUCCGAAGCUCGAGCUGUCUUCAGGUGACGGAGACGUGAACACUUUGCCUCCGGCGAUUGUUGGGCUGUGGCGUUUGGAGCGAAAAUUCGAAACGGGCGACACAGUGGUGACUGUAACGGACGGCGGCGCGGUUGGCAGAGAGACCCUGGUUGCAGAUGCAUUUGAUAUAAGUGUUCGUAUGAGAGGACAGUCUCGACUUAGGCUGCAUGUCGUAGCCUUACUUGAUAGGCCUUGGUAGAAUCUAGUUAUCGCAUUUACAAGUGCCAGGACAGAAUCUUCAUUAAACUAUUACCACGUGGACUUGAGGGUUCUUUUUUUAUGUUUUGUUUCUUUUACUCUUGUUUUUUUUUUUUUUUUUUGUCAUUGUUUUUGUUUUAACUUUUUUCGAAAAUGCGGACUGCAAUGUAUUAUUGUAGAAUGUACCAAAACUCAAACAUCAGUAGUGGUUUUCAUAUAGGCCGGGUGUACAGUGCUGUUAUUUAUACAGUUGUUAUUUGGCUCAGCUCCACUACCGCUGAAUUGGCUGAGGCGGGGACGGUAGGGAUAGGCGUCGAAAGCACAAUAUUUUAGUGAACAUCGGUUCUGAACAUACUGGAAAGCACACUAACAGAAUGGCUCCUACAACAAUCUGUGAAGAAGACCUUAAGCUAGCUACUGUAUUAACUGAGCACUCUGGUUCGACAGUGUACAGAACAAGGUGGUGCAUCGCAAAUAUCUGUUCUCAUUGGAUUCCUGUAUAUUUUGACUUCUGUUUAGUUCCAUUUACGGGGGAGGGGGGUUCAAGUUCCUGGGGGGGGGUCGACUGUCUCGGAGUAAAGCAAAAGCUGUAAAGCCUCCAGGCUUAAAGACAGAACGGCCAGAGAGACCAUACAGGCAUUUCGUUGUCGGUCGAGGUGUUACCACUGCAACUAGAUGUCAGGCAUAGAUAACAAAAAAAGCUGCUCUUACUGCAAUAGUUUUGUACAAUGUUCUAAUAUAAUAACAAUGCACACGUCGGCCCAUUAUUUCCUGACUUUGUAAUGUACAUAAAACCCCUCGGUAGACCUAAAUUAUUGAAUGUGUUUGGGUUUACGCUCUGCAUCAGCCCGUUCUCAUGGUGUGAAAUGUCAGUGCUGUUCUGAGGGGGAGUCUGGAUUCUUGUGUCGCUAAGAUGGUUUCCUCUCGUGUCCUCUCACUGCCAACUAUUGUACAAAGGUACUGAGUCUCUCCAUAUAAAGUAUUAAGUGAUAACACAUAACAGCAACGAUGGUACUAAUCUCCUGGACUGUAUGAUAAAGAUUUGUAAUUGUUGUCAAUAAUUUUUACAGUGUAACUAAUAUUGUCGGUGCUUUUUAAUUUGCAAAUAAAACACCACUGUAUUUUUCA